CGAAUUCUGGCUCGAGCACAGGUUCCGGGGAAAAGAAAAGUGCGUGGGUUUACGAUUCUUCGCGCCGCUGAAUGUGAUAGUGGACGCGCGACGCCAUCGCGUGGUAGCAUUCGCGGCUUACCCGGCGCGGCUUACGAGGCUUUGCAGCGCCGACAAGGGGUGGCUUGGCGCUUUCGCCAGCGUAAAAUUAACACACCUGUUGGACGCCAGGAGAGGCUCAACACUAGGCCGAAAGCACCCCCUCGUCCUCCUUGCGCAUUCUCUGGACACGGCGACAGUCUUUCUCUCUCUCCGAGCGAGCCUCCUUUCUUCCUUUUCUCACCACUGUCUGCACGGCGCCUUGUGCCUGCCGCUGAUCUGUCCCCGGCCGGCGUCCAUUCGCUUCCCCUACGCCAGCCUUUAAUCCUCUGCCUUCCGCGAUUCGUUCCUUCGUCCACACUCCGCCAUGGCCGACGACAAGAAGAGCGAUGACUACAAGAUCGAUAUGCCUGCGGGCAGAGAGUUCCGCACGCCGUCCCCGGCAAUGCGCCCGCCGCAGAAGCACCACAACCCCAUAACGGAGAACCCAAUGCUCUCCAUCAUCGCAUACUGUGGCUCGUCGAUCAUGAUGACCACAACCAACAAAUACGUCCUGUCUGGCGUCGACUUCAAUCUCAACUUCUUCCUGCUCUGCGUUCAGUCCGUUGUUUGCGUUAUAGCCAUCUCGAGUCUGAAGACCGCGGGUGUCAUCACAUACAGGGAUUUCAACAGCGACGAGGCAAAGAAGUGGUUCCCGAUAUCCAUCCUCCUCAUCGGCAUGAUCUAUACGAGCACCUGGGCGCUGAAAUUCCUCUCGAUCCCCGUAUACACCAUCUUCAAGAACCUAACAAUCAUCCUGAUCGCAUACGGAGAGGUGCUAUGGUUCGGCGGCUCCGUCACGCCAAUGGCGCUGUUCUCGUUCGGACUGAUGGUUCUGAGCUCGAUUAUCGCAGCUUGGGCGGAUAUUCAGCAUGCUUUGGCCAGCUUUGGAGGAGAGUCUGAGGCUGCGACAGACGCCAUCUCGACCUUGAACGCUGGCUAUCUCUGGAUGAUGUUCAACUGCCUCUGCACUGCCAGCUACGUCCUCGGCAUGAGGAAGCGAAUCAAGCUCACCAACUUCAAGGAUUUCGACACCAUGUACUACAACAACCUCCUCACCAUUCCCGUUCUGCUCGCUGCGUCGCUGUUUCUCGAGGACUGGUCGUCCACCAACAUCGCGAAGAAUUUCCCUGCCGACAAGCGCAACGCCCUCAUCACAACCAUGGUCCUGUCUGGCCUCUCUUCCGUCUUCAUUUCGUAUACCUCCGCCUGGUGUGUCCGCGUCACUUCCUCUACCACGUACUCUAUGGUCGGCGCCCUGAACAAGCUCCCUAUUGCGCUCAGCGGGCUGAUCUUCUUCGACGCCCCAGCCACGUUCGGAAGCUGCUCUGCCAUCUUCGUCGGUUUCGUGAGCGGUCUAGUUUACGCAUUCGCCAAGGUCCGCCAGAGCAGCAAGCCAAAAGACUCGCUACCCACAACCAACAUUCCAGUCAGCGCAAGCAGCCAGAGCAUGCGAGACAGCCUCAAGUCAUAGACGAAUCGAUCAAGUGCCCGCAGAGGCGAGGAGCUAUUUUCUUCACGUAUCACGAGAUAUGCUGCUUUGCAUAUCUCUAUUUCUCUGCCGUUGUUGGAUUGUAUCCGAUGAUGUGCCGCUUUUUGACCGGUAGGAUCGAUUGUAGUCCGCUUCGUGUAUCUUCUAUCUCUUGUUUGGUCAUCUUAGCCGCUUUAACAUUUCCUAGACAGGAUUGGCGUUUGGAUUUUGGGGGCUACCCGCACGCUUUAGGGUGUAGACAUAGUUCCAAUUUCAUGGAACAGACAUGGAUGUACGAGAAGUAUCUAAUCUGACCGAGUUCUACUCGCACGCUGUUUCCUGAUAAACGUUUCAAUGUUCUAAAGUCGCUAAGCUGACAGUGACAGUUGCUCAGUACCUACCUUUGGAGACGUCGUUGAAGAACAAAGACACUAGACAGAAUUCCAAGAUCCUAUUUCGA